AUGUUUACGCCUUCGCGACCGUCGAUUGCUUCUACGCUCUUUUGUGGUUCACCGCUUGGGUUUGCGUCGCCAGCUACGUUGCGCAGGGUAAAUCGGAGGGCAAGUCGGACGACCACCAGGAUAAGGAUAAGGAUAGUGACAAGAAGAGCGGAUGCGAUAACUGGAAGUACGGCAGCGCCAGCAAAUGCAAAGUCAGCACCGCCACGGUUAUCAUGGGAGUCAUUAUCUUGUAAGUCUAAAAUUGUCUCUCCUCCAUCCGUGUCCCCAACUAAUCUUGAAAGCCUCCUCUUCGUCGUAACCGCCUUCAUGUCCUUCCGCAAUGUCAUGCACUUCCGUCGGACGGGCACUCUUCCCGAUGCGGUCUCCGAUCCCACAUUCGCCGCGCAAAGCAAGGCCGCCUUCUCUUCCAACCCGCACGAAUUUGACGAGGAGGAAGAUGACUUCCGGUCCCGCGCCGGCAUGGGCUCUUCGGUCCGCGGCGACCGCGAUGAGGACUACGCCCUUCUCCAACAGAACGAGGCGGAUGAGCUCGGAAACCCGAACGGACGCUCUGCGAUGCACGGUAGCUACGACCCCACGGCGUCCAACACCGGCAGCAUGCCGCAAAGCGACAACCCCUACACCAGCAGCAUGCCGCAAAGCGACAACCCCUACACCAGCUAUGGCGGUGCGUACGGACAGCACUACGGGCAGCCGUCAGAGUUCGGGUCCAAUAUCAGCAGCAACUACGGACAGCCGUCCGAACUCGGAUCGCAUGUCAGCGGCACCUACGGACGCUAA